AUGCAACGACAAGAACCAGCUAUGACAACAGUCAUCAAUAAUGCACUUAAUGAAGAAGAUUACGAUACAGCAUGGGAAGAAUGCUCGAAAGGAUUGAUUGCCUAUCCAACAAAUCCAACAUUAUGGUACAAUCGAUCAGUAAUUGAUUAUUUGAAAGGAUUCCCGGAAUUAGCAAUAAUGGAUGCAAUAAGAUCAUUGAAAUUAUUAGAAGAUGAAGUAAACAAGAGUAACGAUGAAUUUGAAUUGUUGACUAUCAAAAACUUUAUUAUUAAAUGUUUAGAUUUGAUUGGUAAAUCGAUGGGGGAUGUUGGAAGUUAUGAGAAAGGAACUGAAAUGUAUGAGAAGGCAAUUCGGACGUUCGACGAGACAAUUGAAAAUUACAAGGAGAAAAUAAUGAUGGAUGAAGAUUUUAAUACUGGAUCUCCGAUUAAUGCUAAAUUAACAAAGUUAGAAAAUGAAAUCAACUUGGAGUAUUUUCAAGAACAAAAAAAAACUUAUCAAAAGGAAUUAGAUUAUAAGGUUGAAUUGAUGAAAACAAAAUAUCCAACACUAAAUGAAAGUUUCAUAAAAACAUUCAUGGUUAAUGUAUCUUUUAAAUUCAACGGAAGCUAUCCCUGGGACAAACCUAUUUCUAAUAAUAAUGAAUUACAAUACCAUAAUUAUAUUGCUGAUGAGUUGAGAAAUGUUGAUCAUAUUACAUUGUCAUCAAUCAAUUAUGAACGUGAUAUUGAAAUUUCUGAAAAUAUAAAAUAUCAACAAUUAGCAAUUGUUGCAAAAAGGAAUAUUUUGAAGGGAGAAAUCAUUUUCCAAGAAAUUGCAUUUGUGAGUGUUCACGAGUCCAGCUCAUUGAAAUGUGAUUAUUGUCACGUACCUUUAAAUCACAGUCCCAACAUCGAUUUUAAAGAUAUAAUGGGAGUCUCUCCCAUCUCUUAUUUUUAA